CAGUAAUUGGUCCAUUCUCUCUCACCACACGGCGAUAAAAUUCACAUUAACGAAGAGAACCAGCAAUCCUCAUGACAGAAACCAUCCAUCAUCCCCAUCCACCUCUACGUACCAUUUCCAUUCUACCUACCUACCUACCUAAUUACCACCUACGCAUCAACACUCGUUGCAAGUCAACCAGCCGUAGCAUGCAUGUAAUGUUCGGCCUGGUUGACUCGCGCUAUUCCCCCAAAUGGGCCCGAGCGCCCGUGCGGCUUACAUAACCGCUGAUGGAUUCUCCAAUUCGGCCUCAUGUCCUGGCGACCUCUUCUUACCCACCUCCUCGCCGGCCUCACACGACAAUCAAUCCCGGAGUCCCUCCUGGUGCGCGCCUGCUCUACAACCCACUCAUACCCUCAUUUGCUGCUUAAUGACGUGAUCGGCUUUGUCACUGUCGUUGCCCCUUAUCAACGCCGUACAGGUCUGAUCUGAUGAGGCUCGAAUCAAGGAUCGUCGCACCCCCAUCGCUUGACACAGUCAAGAUGGAGGACCGCAAAAGGCCAGCUGGGCAUGAAGACGCCGCUCCUCCUGCUAAGAGGCAAGCUGUAACUGUUAACGGUGCGAGGUCGCAUCCGGAUGCUGACCUACCAUGGAAAGAGGAGAUAGAGGCCUUUCAAAAAGAUGCCAUCCUCCGGCAAAUGCGCGAGUACAAGCGUGAAAAGGCCACCAUCGAGGCUCAGCUCACCGAGAUCGAAACCCGUUCGCAAUACCACGAUGACCACCUUCGUACAAUAGAUGCAUGGUUCGAUCAGCUCGUUGACGAGAUCAAGGUCUUGAGCGAAGAAAAGCUGCCCACCGUCCCACAGCUUGACUCGACACGUUCUAUUCCAUCUACUUUGUUUUUCGAAGACUCACAGAACAUGCGAGAACAUCUUGUCGACCGCAAAGACAAGAUUGUGUCGGCAUUAUCUGGACUUUUCGCCAAAUACUCCCCUACAGGCCCGGAGGUCUCCGCUCUCCAGCAUCAGAUGUCGCGACUGCUUGCAUCCGAGAAAGAACACAUAUGUGAGCUGCAACGGGUCAUCACUGAGAAAGAACAAAUGUCAGAGCGUCUUGUCACUGCCACGCACCGUUAUAUGAUUGCCGAGAAGAAGAUUGAUCGCCUGAAGAGCCAGCAGGUACAAAAGUUGGAGAGCCAGGCUAUCGCUUCGAGCGUUGCUGUUAAAGAAGAGACCCCCUCGGCAAGCAAUGGCGUGGAACCCGUGAAUGGUACAUCAUCUGGACCAUUGGCUGAAGAGGUGGAGACUGCGCGAGAUCAAGCUCUUGCCGAGGCUGCUAAACGCAAAGAGCACGUCGAACAAUUGGAGGCUGUGAACAAGAAAUUGACUGACGAGGUCACCGCAUUGACUGCGAAAUUGGCUGGUCUUUCGGAUGACGACUAUGCUAAAACCGAUCUUUUCAAAGCUAUAAAAUCGCAGCAUGAGGACGUCAUUAAAAGGAUUAACCACCUGGAGGCUACAAAUAUACAACUUCGUGAGGAGGCCAAGAAAUAUCAAGCGGAGAGAACUGCAUAUCGGAUCAAAGUUGACGAUGAAGCCCGUGCCACGAUGAGCGAAUCUGAAAGCGCUGUGGUGCAAGCAGAAUCAAACUUGACCCGCAUCCGUCACGCCAGGGACGAACUGCUGGUGGAGAAUAAGCUACUUGAAUCGAACCGGAAAGAUACUGAGACAUCAAAGCAGCAAACCGCUGAGCUUUUAAGCGCUUGUGAGAACCGCAUCAAGACUUUGGAGUCCGAAUGUGACAGGUUGCGUUUGCAACUUGAAGGAAAAGAGUCUACAGAAGGGUCGCCUGACCUCGAGUCUUUAUCCUUGGAGGAAUUACGGUCCAAAGUUAAAACCUACGAACUCCAGAAUAAAAUGCUGAGUGACGAGCUACCAGCGAUGGAGGCGUUGUGGAAGAAGGCUCAAGCUAUUGCUGGCAAGAAAAUAGCUGAUAUCACCACGUGGGAGGAGAACGUAUCCAGAGCAAUGGCAGACAAAGUCAAGGCAGACCAAAAGUUUUUUGCGGCAAUGAAAGCGAAGGAAGCUUUGCAAUCGCAGCUAAAGGCUCUUCAAGAGCAAGUCGGGAAGGGUACCAAGGUCGUGGCUCAACUCAAAGAGGCCGAUUCUACCAGCCGAUCCUUGGUCGACAAGCUCGAAAAACAGACGGCAGAGAUGAGGGCACAGAUGGAUGAUCUAACAGCACAGCACCGUCAGUUGCAGCAAAAGGCCAACGAAAGCGCGUUAGCAGCUGAGAGCCACGUAGGCCAGAUCGCGGAGCUCAAGAAGGUUGUCGAAAGCAAAGAUACAAACUAUCUGACUGCGAAGAAGGCACAGCGCGAGGCCGAGGUUGAACGCGACAAGAUGGCAGCACAGGUGGAAGGUCUCGACAAACAAAUCGAUCACUGGAAAAAGAAAAGCCAAGGCCAGCAAAGUGAAACAUUCACCCAAAUGGAGAGCAUGCUACAAUGUCAAAUCUGCAAAAAUAAGAUUAAAGAUACAGUCAUCAAAACAUGCGGACACGUUUUUUGCGACCAAUGUAUCCAGGACCGCCUGACGAACCGAGCCAGAAAAUGCCCCAACUGUGGCAAGGCAUUUGGUAACAAUGACACCAUGAGGAUUCAUCUAUGA